AUGAAGUUACAGGGUCUGUUCUUGUUCUUGGUGGCUUUUUUCUCUCUUGCCUAUACGCAGCUGGUCAAGGGGCAACCUCGCAAGGAUUGUCAAACUAGUUGUGGCGGCUUCGCAGUUGAGUACCCAUUCGGCACUUCUCCGGGUUGUUACUAUGCUGGAGAUCCUAGUUUCAAUAUCACAUGUAACAAGAGAGAUGAGUUAAUCUUUGGUGACAAUAAAGUGAUCAACAUCUCUCAUAGCGGUGAGCUACGUGUAUGGGUUAAUAUUUCAUACGCUUGCUACAAUAGCCAAGGAAAUUUGAGUGAUUCUCUUUACUAUACUUAUACCCUGGGUAAUUUAUCUCUCUCUGCCAACAACAAGUUUACUUUAGUAGGCUGUAACGCUGUGGCACUUCUGAGCACUUACGGAUUGCGGAAUCACUCAACUGGAUGCAUGUCAUUAUGCAGUUCUCAACCGGAGGCAAAUGGAGAAUGUAAUGGUGAAGGUUGUUGCAAAACAGACAUCUCUGUCCCUUUGGAUAACUAUGGAUUCCAAACUGCCCCAUCUCGCUUGGCCUUAGAGAAUAUGACUUCUCUACAUCAGUAUAAUCCUUGCACCUACGCCUUUCUCGCCGAAAAUGGUACUUUUGAAUAUGAUGCUUUGAAAGAUCUAAAGAAUAUGCGGAACGUCACUAAGUUCCCUGUGGUACUGGAUUGGUCUAUUGGGAAACAAACAUGCGAGCAAGUUGGAAACACAAGCUUAUGCGGUGGGAACAGCACAUGUUUCAAUUCUACCAGUGGAACCGGGUAUAACUGCAAAUGUUUUGAAGGUUAUGAGGGGAAUCCAUACCUUUCAGACAGUUGUCAAGACAUCAAUGAAUGUACCACUAGUAAUACUAUCCAUAGACACAACUGUUUGGCUACUAGCACUUGUAUAAACACGCUUGGAAGCUUCCGUUGUAAGUGCCCAUCUGGUUACGCCUUAAAUCCCAUUACUAAGAGCUGCAAGCGUAAAGACGUUGGAUGGACUAUAAUUGUUCUUGGUAAGCUUUCAUCAUUGUUUCAGGAUUUAUCGUUUCCUAGACCAACUCAGUCUAUUCAUCUCUAUGUGUUAUCAGGAACCACCAUUGGCUUCUUGGUCCUCCUGCUUGGAGUUAGCUGUAUACAACAGAGAAGGAAGCACCUAAAGAACACCAAGCUCCGACAACAAUUCUUUGAGCAAAAUGGUGGUGGCAUGUUGAUACAACGACUCUCAGGAGCAGGGCCAUCGAAUGUCGAUGUCAAAAUAUUUACUGAGGAAGGCAUGAAGGAAGCAACUAAUGGUUAUGAUGAAAGCAGAAUCUUGGGUCAGGGAGGGCAAGGAACAGUCUACAAAGGGAUAUUGCCGGACAAUUCCAUAGUUGCUAUAAAGAAAGCUCGGCUUGGAGACAAUAGCCAAGUAGAGCAGUUCAUCAACGAAGUGCUCGUGCUUUCGCAAAUCAACCACAGGAACGUGGUCAAGCUCUUGGGAUGCUGUCUAGAGACUGAAGUUCCCUUGUUGGUCUACGAGUUCAUUACCAGUGGCACUCUUUUCGAUCACUUGCACGGUUCCCUGUUUGAUUCUUCUCUUACAUGGGAACACCGCCUGAGGAUAGCGAUAGAAGUCGCUGGAACUCUCGCAUAUCUUCAUUCCUCUGCAUCUAUUCCAAUCAUCCACCGUGAUGUCAAGACUGCUAAUAUCCUCUUGGAUGAAAACUUAACUGCAAAAGUAGCCGAUUUUGGUGCUUCAAGGUUGAUACCGAUGGAUAAAGAGCAGCUCACAACUAUGGUGCAAGGCACUCUCGGUUACUUGGACCCCGAAUAUUACCACACAGGGUUGCUGAACGAGAAGAGCGAUGUUUACAGCUUUGGGGUAGUCCUCAUGGAACUGCUCUCAGGUCAAAAAGCUUUGUGCUUUGAAAGGCCACAGACCUCAAAACAUCUAGUGACUUACUUUGCUUCUGCCAUGAAAGAAAAUAGGUUGCAUGAAAUUAUUGACGGGCAAUUGAUGAACGAGGAUAGUAAGAGGGAGAUCCAGGAAGCUGCAAAAAUUGCUGUUGAGUGUACAAGAGUGACGGGAGAGGAAAGGCCAAAGAUGAAGGAAGUAGCUGCAAAGCUAGAGGCCUUGAGAGUCGCAAAAACCAAACAUCAAUGGUCGAAUCUGUAUCCUGAAGAAACUGAGCACUUGCUAGAUGUUCAAAUCUUAUCAGCAGAAGGUGAUACUAGUACCACUGGCUAUGACAGUCUCAAGAAUGAAGCAAGGUUGCACAUUGAAACUGGCCGCUGA